AGAAAUAAUAAGCGUGUAAAUUAUUUUCAAAAAUGGCUAAAUUUUUAGCCACUAUAAAAGCUAUAAUAACACGUUUGGUAUUCGCGUCGCACGGUUUUAUCGCUAUUUGGCAGGUAACAACGUUUAAGAAGAAUCCACUUUUCUGGUACCUGAGUUGUCCAAUUUUGCUCCUCUUUUUUGAGGGUGUUUUUACUCUCACUAUAAAAGAAAACCAAGAAUGGAAAUGGUUUUGCCCUUCAGUAUUCUUAUAUUUAAGCAGCGUAGUACCAGCAAUUUGGCUCUUGGAACUUGACAAAGUUGAUAAGAGAUUGAGAUCUCGGGAAUCUAAUAUCAACAUAUCCGAGAAUUUUGAUUUAUCUAAUUUGGCAGCCGAAGAUUUGAAACAUUUAGAAAAAGCUUUGGGUGUAAACAUUAAUUUACCAGACAUCCAAAUAUCCACUGAAACCUGGGUGACUUUAAUAGAACAAUUUUUAAUGCUCGUCUUAAUAAUCGGUCGAUGGAUGUUACCGAAAGGAGAUCUUACGAGAGAUCAAUUGAGUCAGUUAUUGUUGGUUUAUAUCGGAACUGCUGCCGACAUUAUUGAAUUCUUCGAUUCCUUCAAGGAGGACAGAAUAGCUCGUGAACCAGUCUUGGUAUAUUUAACUUUGGGAAUUUGGGCUUGGUCAUUGAUGCAAUUCACCGUCGUCCUCACUGCUACUAAAUCGAGAAAAUCACGAUUAUCUUCCGGAAGUGCUACGAAGAAGAGGGUGCAAACGGAAACAGGUUGUUGUAGUAUCGAUAUUUGGGGCAUUGCUCUUAACAUGAUCCUUCAGGAUGGACCUUUUCUGGCAUUUAGACUGAUUCUAAUAAUACAUUAUCAAAUAGUCAGUUACAUGAAUAUAUUUUUCACAUGUAAGAACACCUUGGUAAUACUCUUACAACUGUACAGAUUAUACGUCGUUCACAGUGAAAGUAAUAGCAAACGAAAGAAAGAGAAGUACGAGAAAUAUGAAGUACCUAACAUCAGUAUUAUUUCUCGAACUGAUAUGUCUAAAGAAACGAGAAGUAGAAGAUCUCAAGAUGAUAGAAAGAGGAAAAGGAGACGGGAAAGAGAUGUAGAAGAAAAUUUAUCUGAUUCGGAGGAUUCUACCGAAGAAAUCGAUAAAUUCGAUUCGUCGCCAAAGCAAACGAUUCGUUCUAAACGAAAAACUCGUCAGGAUACUGGUUACUCAACAUCAAGUUCUCGCAAUUCGUCAAAACACAUAAAAUCGCAGAGACAAGAGAGUAGAAGAAACAAAGGUUCGCGCAAAAGCGAAUCCAAAAGUCGUGAGGAUUCGAGUGACAAUGAGACACGUAAAAGAAAAACCAAUAAAUCUAGCGAAAGAAGAACACUUGAAGAUGGUAGAACGAAAAGUAGAAGCGAGGAUUCUAGUAAGAGUUCUAGUAAAAAAGAAAAAUGUGAAACUGAGAGUGAUUUCUCGACGCAGGAUGUCAAUGGCAAUAAAACUCCUAGUCAGAGCAGCGAUUCAGAAUCUGAAAAAAGAAGUAGCAAACGAGUUCAACGUAAACGACGACAAAACAAGGACUGACAACGAAAUCUUGACAUUGUUGCUUUGUUCUGUCUCUAUUCAACAAUUUUGGUCGUUUUUGUACUUAUUAUACAUACCGGGAUCAACGACGGUUUGAUAUUAGUCUCAAGAACGAAAGCAAAUAUUUUAU